AUGGACAUUUCCAAGGGACUCUGGCCAGAGCACACGUACAGCGAGGAAGACUGGAAUUCCAUCACCAUGGAGGAAGCCCUUCAGAAUCCUGGUUUGGGCUACUCCGCAAGUAAGACAUUCGCGGAGAAGGCAGCUUGGGAUUUCGUCGACGAAGAAAGCCCAAGCUUCACCCUCGCUACAAUUCUGCCGCCCUUUGUGUUUGUCCCUGCUGUACAGAGCCUUCCGGACUUGGACUCCUUAAAUACGUCCAACCAAUUCAUCCGCACCUUCACGCUUGGGGCCGCGAAGAAGGAAAUCCCUCCCACUACAAACCCAAUCUUCGCCGAUGUUCGAGACGUCGCAGAAGCUCACGUGCGAGCUUUCGAGCAAGCCGCUGCUGCCAACAAACGAUUCUUCAUCACAAAUGGCUGUUGCUCUAACCCACAGAUUAUUGACAUCAUUCGUGAAAACUUCCCAGAGUAA